CACAGUCCCUAGCGGCCCAGUCCCCGAUCGACGUCGUCAAGGUGGGUGUUCUGGAGGGAAUAAAUCGUAAUAGUUGCUGAAGAACACUUCACAUGUGAGUUCAAAAUACCUUCUUUGAUUUUACUGAGCACUGUUUACUUAAAGUAUGUUGCUGGGAGCAGUUCUGGCGGGGUUUGCCCUCGCCCUGGCUGCUGAGAGCGCAGGCGCGAAGCCCUCGGGAUCCGAGCACUCCGCUUUGCCGACAGAAGCAAACAAUGUUAUUCCCAAUCACCAAUUUGGAUUUAGACCUGCACACUCUACCAUACAACAAUGUCAUAAAGAUAGUAAAUACUCCGACUAUUGCCGAAUCGGCGCGGGAGUACCGCAGGGCAGUAUUUUACGUCCGGUUCUGUACUCAAUUUACUCUUCUGAUAUUUCACAGACAUCAGACACAUUACUCUCAACUUACGCAGACGACACUGUCAUACUCUCGACUGACUCUAAUCCGAUCACAGCAUCUCAGAAAGCACAGAUUCAUUUAAAUCUUCUAUAA